UAAUCCCAAACAACACACUAUCCUCCACGGAAUGGGGAGACAUGAAUCUGACACCCGCACUUUCUUGUCCUUGUUCUCUCGCCGCCACUUCUUCUCUUUCCUCCUCCGCCACACUCCACCGCAACAUAGUAGUACGCACAUGCACACCCUUCUCCUUUCGUCACCACCACCACCACCACUCUUCUUCAUUGCGAGUUGCCAAUGAUGCUGAUAGGACUGAACUAUCAUCUGAUACCACAACUGAAAAUUCAUAUUCAGAUGCUGCUGAUAAAAUGGUUGAUAGUAUGGACUUUGGUGAGCUAUGCAAUGAGUUUGAGUGCAACAGUAGUCCCUCCGUAGAAUCCACUGCAAGACAACUUGCUCGUGAUAUAUUUGAGCUAAGGAGUGGGAAUCGAGCACUUGGAACCUAUGCUGUUUCUGUCACUUACAAGGAUCCUAUCAGGAGUUUUAGUGGUCGUGAAAAGUAUAAGAGACCUCUAUGGGCAAUCACUGCACUUGAAAACCCAUCUGUGACUGUGCAGGAAAUGACAAUGCUGUCAACAAGUGUUUUAAGUAUCAAGUGGACAAUUAGAGGGAAGCCUAAAUCUAUUCUAGCUGGUGUAGGAGGGGGUCUCAUACUUAGAGUUACUUCCAAAUUUACUCUUAACCAAAUUAGUGGACAAGUCAUUAAGCAUGAAGAAUUAUGGGACUUAUCAUCUUCACCUGCUAGUGCUCAGGCAUUUUUCUGGUCAUCGCGUGUUCUGUUUGCUACGGUUGAAUCUGUGAAAGAUUUGGCUGAUAGUGCCAAGAAUUUGAGUGCUAGUUUUUCAACCAAGAAAGAAGAGAACUCUGAUAUUUAUCCAGAUCCUUCUGGUGAUCCAACCAAGUUCUUCCAGAGGGACGACGGCUUUCAACAAGAUGUACUCCAGAUUGCACUGCUCCUGGCAGUUAUAUAUUUUGUGGUACAAGCUCUGAGGAUAACUUUGUAAAAAGCAUGCCUGCCUUAUUGUGAUCUGCAUUUUACAUCUCUUUAUUCAUGAAUAUAUCUAUCUGCGUAAUGUGUAAUUAUCAGCAUAUAAUCAUAAAGUUGUUUUUCAAAGUUAUAAUGAAAUGUAUUUUCUAACUGUGUAUAAAUUGAGAAGCUUUUAUGACUGUGUUUAGGACUGAAA